GCCGGAGGCAGAAGCCGGAAUGCAGAUAAGACCUCAUUAUCUAUAGCUUUGAAUAUCAGCUCAUCCGUCUCAAAUUCGCGUCAGUCAGGUUCAAUUGAUUGUUUAAAACAUGCAACAUGUCGAACAGGCUGACUACAUCCAAAGUGUUUGAGACACAGUCUUUGAAUACCCCUCAUGCCUCCGAUAUAUGUGAGAUCUCUCUUAUCAAGAUCACGAACGUUCUCGUGGUUAUUUCCUCUUCUUUAGUUCUGCCUCAGAUUGAGGGCCAUGACUACUUGAGUCUUCAUACUUAUGCAUUCUAUAUUCACCAUCAGGGCUGGGGAAGAAGAUCCUGUUUGAUAUGGGAGCGCGGUUAUAUUGGUGGAAUCUUCCUCUCAGUGCUGUUCAUGCCAUCAAGUUAAAAGGAGUUCAGGGCAUGCGCAUCGCUAGCGAUAUCGACUAGAUUCUCUCAAAAGGAGGUGGUGACCCUAUGACCAUUGAUGCUAUUUUCUGGAGUCAUCACCACGUUGGCUAUACUGAAAUUGCUCACAAU